GGCUGUUGCACCUUCAACAUGACAUACUGGUUCAUUUCCUCAUCUUGGGUCAGAUCGAGUCUGAGGUGAAUGAGAUCUCUACUGGUUCAUUUCCUCAUGCUGUAAUAUGAUCUCGUGACCAUUACCUGUUCUUGGAUUGAAUCAGUGAGGAAGCAGCGAGUUGAGGGAGGAGGAGGAGGAGUCGAGGGUGGGAUCAUGGCGUCGUCGCUAGCCGAGGAGGAGGAGACCUUCGAGCACACGCUGCUGGUGGUGCGCGAGGUGUCGGUGUACAAGAUCCCGCCGCGCACCACCAGCGGCGGCUACAAGUGCGGCGAGUGGCUGCAGUCGGACAAGAUCUGGUCGGGCCGCCUCCGCGUGGUGUCCUGCGGCGACCGCUGCGAGAUCCGGCUCGAGGACCCGGCCACGGGGGAUCUCUUCGCCGCCUGCUUCGUGCUGCCCGGGCAGAGGGAGAGCGCCGUCGAGACCGUGCUCGACUCCUCCCGCUACUUCGUGCUCCGCAUCGAGGACGGCAGGGGGAAGCACGCCUUCGUCGGGCUCGGGUUCAACGAGCGCAACGAGGCGUUCGACUUCAACGUCGCGCUGUCGGACCACGAGAAGUACGUCAAGAGGGAGCAGGAGAAGGAGACCGCCGGCGGCGACGAGAGCGACGACAGCCAGAUUGACAUCAAUCCGGUCGUGAAUCGCCGGCUCAAGGAAGGUGAAACCAUUAGGAUAAAUGUAAAAAACAAGCCAUCAACUGGAAGUGGCAUGCUUUCAUCUUCUGGUUUAUCUGGAGGGACCACCGCAAAACCCAAGGCAAGCAUGCUACUUGCCCCACCACCAGGUGCCGGGAAGCUUCGGAAUCCUCUUCCGCCUCCACCUAAUGACCAUGCAGCUGCAAGGAUGAAUUCUGGACAUAAUGCUGGAAUCAGGGCCCCGAAAGAACCCGCCAAGAGAAACAGCGAUCCUUUUUCAGAUCUUUCUGCUAUAAAGCAAACCCUACCUUCAUCGACUGAGCAGGGACAAACUAAGAGCACAGGAACUGGAUGGGCAGCAUUUUGACAAUGGACGUAUCAUUUACUGUUGACAGUAUUCUUUUUUCUGAAAAGGGAAGAUGGGUUGUGUGUAACUGAAGUACUGAACAAGACUUGGCCUCAACAUGUCAAAGGCCUCCGUCCUUUUGAAAUUAAACGGUGAAAAUGACUGGUCUGUAUCCACUUGUUACUCGAGAAAUAAACAUUUACAAGAGCGCUGUUACUCUGUUA